CACUGUGGCUUUCCUGGCUUUGACAGCUGCCACCCAAUACCGAGGUCGAGGGGGAGAGAAGCAUGGCCGCGUUGUUCAGAGGGUCCCGGAGUGUAUUCAGGUGGAACAAGCAUGUCGACUUUGUCCUCGUAUCAACAAGAUCAAUGGCCUCAAAGACACCAGUGGGUUUCAUUGGUCUGGGAAAUAUGGGCAGUCCCAUGGCCAAGAACCUGUUAAAAAAUGGCUAUCCUGUCAUCGCUGCGGAUGUCUUCCCAGAAUCAUGCAAAGAGCUGCAGGACUUGGGUGCCCAGGUGGUGGACUCCCCUUCAGAUGUGGCAGAGAAAGCUGACCGCAUCAUGACAAUGCUGCCGUCUAGUCCAAAUGUCAUAGAAGUCUACACGGGCCCUAACGGCAUCCUGAAGAAGGUGAAGAAGGGAACGCUGCUGGUUGACUCCUCAACAAUUGACCCUGCUGUUGCUAAAGAAAUGGCUGUAGCUGCAGAGAAGAUGGGCGCCGUCUUCAUGGAUGCUCCAGUGUCUGGAGGUGUUGGGGCUGCCAGCACGGCCAAACUGACCUUCAUGGUCGGCGGACUGGAGGAGGAAUUCAAGGCCGCAGAGGAACUGUUCACCUGCAUGGGCGCUAACGUUGUGUACUGUGGACAAGUUGGCUCAGGACAGGCGGCGAAGCUCUGCAACAACAUGCUGCUGGCCAUCGGGAUGAUCGGGACUGCGGAGACCAUGAACCUUGGCAUCAGACUGGGUUUGGACCCCAAGCUGCUCGCAAAGAUCCUCAACAUGUCAUCGGGUCGUUGCUGGUCCAGCGACACGUACAACCCCGUCCCCGGAGUAAUGGAGGGUGUCCCCUCAGCCAACAACUACCAGGGUGGAUAUGGAACCACUCUAAUGGGAAAGGAUCUUGGUUUAGCCCAGAACACGGCCACCAACACAAAGUCACCCAUCCCUCUCGGCUCCCUUGCCCACCAGAUCUACCGUGUCAUGUGCUCUCGCGGCUACGCCAACAAGGACUUUUCAUCGGUCUUCCAGUUUCUGCGCGAGGAGGAAGCACAGUGAACAUGGAGGCUUAGCAUAGAUAGACUGUUACCCAGACCUCAGAACCAAACACCCGAGUGUCCCUUAUCCCAGUGUUCUCAGGCGAGGCUAAGGCCUUGGUUUAAGGAAAAAGAUCUUCAGGCCAAAUAACAGUGUUGACACCUCUCCUCUUGUUGUAAACUGCCUUUCCUGUAAAACUGAUUUAAAAAAAACAACAAUAUCUACCAAAAAAUAAUCUUGAGCUUUACGAAAAAAUGUGUGUACAGGAGCUGCGGAUUUACACGUAACUAUGCAACUUGUGUCAUUUCCUGGAUGAGUGAUAAGUGGAAAUUGCAUGAAUGGUAAAGAUCCAGCAUGUUUGUGUUAGAUGUGUGCUACAUGUCUGUUACCUGUAUGACCUGAGCCUGACCCUGCAAUGAUGUGGACAGGGGGGGGAAAAAAAACAAAACGGUAAACUUAGAGCUGAUAAUAGAAAUGCAGUUGAAGACACGAAAACACUUUGCAGAGGUUAUGAUUCUGCAGACACCCAUAUUAUGCCAAAGUUGCCCAGACCCGAGGCUCCAAGUUUACUGACGUUCAAUCACAUUUCUUCACGAUUUAGAAGGAAAUAGAACUUUAUACCUACAUUUAUCUAUUGGUUUACAUUAUGAACACACUACACAAUAGUUUCAGUUCAUUUUCAAUUAUGCUGUGAGAUGAAUCCCUGGAUAGUUUUGCACUGUGUUUCAUUGCAGUGCGACAUUUCUGGGUCCUUUUGAUACUGUUACAGAAUCCAUUUGAACUUAAUUAUUUUCUUCACUGUCUACAUCUGAUCAUUGAGCCACCAGAGUAUUAAACAUUUGUCAACAUUUUCAACGAAAUCUUCUCACUGUCUAGCACUUUCUUCAGCCCAGUCGAUCUUCACCCUGCGUCUCCCUUUUUGUCUGCUACAUCUGUGUAACAUUUCAGUGAGGAGUGGUUUCUCCGUGCUGUGAAAAUUUGUACAUAAUUUAUAUUUCUUAUUGCUGUGCAGCAUUGAAGAGAAGUAUUGACCGUCACUGUUUUUCUCAGUAAAAUUCCAUAAUGGUUUCUAUAGUUUGUCUUUAAUCUGUGAAACCACAUUUCAGUCACACUGCGGCAGAGAAAUAAAGAUAUUUUGUGUAUUUGA